UUACCCUUGCCGCGAGCGGAUCGUUUUGCUGGAGCUCCUCGGAAAAGUUAAAAUUUUCAUAUAAAGGCAGCGCACGCUGAAGCGGCUGUCAGAGGCUUUUUGGUGUAAAUAUUGAGUGUCGGUCACGAUGGCGGCCACCGAUCAGCAAAAGCUGAUGGAAAUCCUGGUGGAAACAGAGCGCGUAGCUGACCGGAUCCUUGCGAACAAGCAAGAGCUGGUGCAGCUGGACAAGCGUCGACAGGAUACGCGGGAAGCAUUGCGUUACAUUGAGCAACACUUUCCCGAAGGAAAGCAGCAGCAACGCCUCUGGAUCACGAUCGGCUCGAUGCUGGUGAAGCAGAAUCGUCAGGAGGCCAUCGAGUUGUUGCGUAAAGACCAACGCACGACAGAGGAAGAUAUUGAGCGAUUGCGGGGCGAACAAAAAGUGCUCGUCGCUCGGCAACGUGAUCUGGAGCAUGAGCGACCACUCCGGGGAUUCGAUUUGAAGCCUCUGUCGAAGGCAGAGAUUGCUGGCAUCCGUUCGAAUCUGCCCGGCUUUUAAAACAUAAUUCAUCUCAAUCCCAAUUGUACUAUCACUCCUUUUCGAAUAAAUUUCCAUUUCCAUUCAUUACGCAACACGAA